AUGGCCGAGAAGGCCGCACAAGCUGAUGCGUGGGGAGGUUAUGUUCCAAAACGUAUUGUUUUGAUGGGAGUUUCCGGCAGCGGUAAGAGCAGCAUCGGCAGAGCAUUCGCACCAUUGGUACAGGCAUGUUAUUUCGACGGAGAUUCAUUUCAUCCGCAAUCAAAUAUCGACAAGAUGACUGAGGGUGCAGCACUCAAGGAUGAAGACCGCUGGCCGUGGCUCAAAAAAGUUGGCGAAACGCUAGCUUCCGGGGACCGCCGUGUCAUUGUUAGUUGCUCUGCUCUGAAGCGAAUCUACCGCGACUGUAUUCGUGACGUUGCCGGGAGUGGCGUUGUUUUUGUGUAUCUUUCUGGCAAUCGUGAGCUGCUGGCAAGCCGAAUGAGUUCUCGCAGUGGCCACUUUAUGCCAGAGUUCCUUCUUGACAGUCAAUAUGCAGACCUGCAGCCUCCAGAGAAGGACGAAACAUCCAUCACUGUUGAUGUAAUCCUGCCUAUUGAAAUAGUGAUACGAAAUAUAUAUGAAAAGCUUCAAUCGAUGAUUCGGCUGAGUGUCAAUACUGCGUUGUUAUAA